AUGACGCUAGUAAAAUCGUAUAAAAAAUCACUUACCGACCCUAAUAACUACCGAGGUAUCAGUAUUAUUCCAAUAUUUACAAAACUUUUAGAAUACCUUUUCUUACUCAUCAGUCCUGAGAUAAAAAAAACACAUCCCCUUCAAUUUGGUUUUAACAAUAAGAGUUCGACCUUGCAUGCUGAAUUUGUUAUAAGUGAAACAAUUCAACAUUACAACAACCACAAUUCGCCAAUUUAUUUAUGUUCGCUAGAUGCUGAAAAAGCUUUUGACAGCUGCAACUGGAACAUUCUCUUUGAUAAACUUUACUUUGAUAAAAACUUACCUCACCAAAUAGUUAACACUAUAUCCUCUUUAUACCUCAACAGUAGUGCAACUGUCUUUUACCUAGGUUUCAAAUCAGUUUCAUUUGCUCUUAAGCAAGGAGUGAGACAAGGAUCGAUUCUGUCUCCUUACCUGUAUAACGUAUACACCGAAAAGUUACUCGAAAUUAUAAAAAAUGAUAACGUUGUCGGUACCUCUAUACAUGGAAACUUUACAGGUGUUGUUGCUUAUGCUGAUGAUAUCAUUCUUCUUAGCUCUACUCUAUCUGGUCUUAAAAGGAUGAUUACAUCGUGUAGUUCUUACAAUAACUUACUGCUUUCCGGAAAAAGACAAUUAACUAGUUACAAGAUAACCAUAGACGACCAUCAAAUAAUUGCAAAUGAAAAACUUAACCAACUUGGCUUUACUUGGGAUACACAAAAAUCUUUAUUUGCCUCACUCAAUAGAACAAAUAUUAACAAUAGGAUAUCAAAAUUUCAAACAACAGUGCAAACUCUGAUUCAAUCUGGUAUCCGGUUUGUGAAUCCAUCUUCGAUUAUCCAACUAUAUACAUCGUUAGCAGUUCCGACGCUAACGUAUGGUCUGGAACUAUGUGAAAAUAGAAAGAUAACAAUGCAAAGACUUAAUAAACUUGGAAGAAAUGCAGUUAAGUCAUUUUUCAAUGUCUCCAAGUAUAGCAAAAACUAUAUAAACUCUCUAUUUAAAGUUCGUGAGAUAUCAAAUGACAUAAAGGAGUUAUGUAAGAUCCAUAAACUUAAUAUGAAAAACCUAAUUCAGGAUAAGAAAAUAGUGAAAAUUGAAAUUUCAGAAAAUAUAAUCCCUGAAGGUACUUAUCAAAUUCUAGUACAGGCAGUUGAAUGUUGGAAUUCAAAGCAACAGCGAACAUAUUUCAAAAAUACUCUUGAAGAAAACAUUGCAAAGUGA